UUUGGUCAUUAAGCCAGGUGUUACCGUCGGGUCCCGGACCCAUAGUUCUGGACCCUUUUUAGAUCUCAUCAGAGAGGGUGGGUGGGCUUGUCGAGCCCCACGUGCUCCUUGUUCCCCGACCUCACGCGGCCUCAUCGCCUCAAAGUAGGACCAGUAACGUUAGGCCGAAAGACUAGUGUGUGCGUGCGAGAGAGUGUGUGUGUGUGUGAGAGAGAGAGAGCGAAAGAGAGAGAGAGAGCGAGAGUGCUGCGGCGCUCGGUGACACCGACACACACCAUGCUGCUGGAGCCGAGCGGAGGAACCUCGUCAGGGGCGCGUUUAACACGCUAGAGGCGGAAAGGGAGGUGAGAAAUGCGGACGCCGCGCUUGAAGGAACCCCGCUGUUGUGUUUGUCCCCACUGCCGCCAACGGUCCCGCCGCAGCUCCGCUCACGGCUCUUAUCGGUUCAUUUAACGAGCGCCGCACCGGGGAGAUCACUGGGACUAUGCGAGCACCAUGCUCGCCGUGAGAUGCCUGCUGUUCGCUGCAGCGUGUGCACGGUGCGCCGUGACAGGUCUGAGGGAGUGGGUGAGUCCGGAGGGAAGGCUGUCGCCUGCAGAGGAGGUCGUUCAGCCCAAGCGGCUGCUGCAACAGAUCCACUCCCAGGAGGAGGAGGUGCUCCACGGCCGCCUGGACACCCGGGUCAAAAACUACACGGCCGGAGUGCAGCCGGUCCAUCUGGCCCAGAGCAGCUUCCUGGUGGAGGCGUUUGGCACAUCCUUCAUCCUUGACCUGGAACUCAACCACAAUCUCCUGUCUGCAGACUAUGUGGAGCGUCACUAUGAUGAGGAUGGGCAGCCAUCACAGAACAUGGGGGGAGAGCACUGCUACUACCACGGGCGAGUGCGGGGGCUGCCCGGCUCCUGGGCCGCCCUGUCCACCUGCCACGGCCUGCGGGGGAUGUUUUCUGAUGGGAUUUUCUCAUACGGGAUAGAACCUGUUGGCAGUGGAGAGGAGCAUAAUGACCACAUCGUGUAUCGUAUGCUGGACAUCGACCUCUUCCCACUGCCCUGUCCAGGAUGCUCUGUGAACAGCACAAAGCCUGAGGGGCAGCCAGAUGGCAACAGUGAAGGAGACAGAGAGCUGAAGGAUGGAGACCACUGGUCUGAAGAAGAGAAGCCCGUCCUCACAGCAGGACUAAGACGCUCAAAAAGACAAGUGCGGCGGGGCCAGCGCACCGUCCAGACUGAGACCAAGUACAUCGAGCUGAUGGUGGUAAACGACCAUGAACUGUUUGUGCAGCUCCGUCGGUCGACCACUCAGACAAAGAACUUUGCCAAAGCGGUGGUGAACAUGGCUGAUGCGAUCUACAAGGAGCAACUCAACACUCGCAUCGUCCUGGUGUCCAUGGAAACCUGGUCGUCUGAAAAUAGGGUCUCCGUGGGCGAUGACGCCUUGCUCACCCUGCGCGACUUCAUGAAGUACAGGAAAGAGAGCAUCAAGGAGCGCUGCGAUGCUGUGCACCUUUUCUCUGGGAGGACGUUCAUGAGCAGCCGUAGCGAGGCGGCGUACAUCGGGGGCAUAUGCUCACUCACCAGGGGUGGAGGCAUCAAUGAGUUUGGCAGUGUGGGUCCCAUGGCCAUCACAUUUUGUCAGAGUCUUGGCCAGAACAUCGGCAUGCUGAGGAACAAGGAGCGGCCGGCUGCAGGAGACUGCAGGUGUCCAGAUCCAUGGCUGGGCUGUAUCAUGGAGGAUACAGGCUACUACCUGCCUAGGAAGUUUUCUCGCUGCAGUAUAGACGAGUACCUGCGCUUCCUCCAGCAGGGAGGAGGCAGCUGCCUCUUCAACAAGCCCAGCAAGCUGUUAGACCCACCAGAGUGUGGCAAUGGGUAUGUAGAGCUGGGAGAGGAAUGUGACUGUGGAUCACUGGUGGAGUGUGCUCGGAGUGGAGCCAACUGCUGUAAGAAGUGUACGCUUACCCACAAUGCCAUGUGCAGCAACGGCCUCUGCUGCAGGGACUGCAAGUACGAGCUGAGAGGGGUGACGUGCCGUGAUGCCGUCAACGACUGUGACAUUCCCGAGACCUGCACGGGAGACUCCAGCCAGUGUCCUCAUAAUGUCCACAAACUGGAUGGCUACAUUUGUGAUGCUGGCCAGGGUCGCUGUUAUGGAGGCCGCUGUAAAACCAGAGAUGGCCAGUGCAGGACUCUGUGGGGCUACAACUCAGCUGACAGGUUCUGCUAUGAGAAGCUGAACUCUGAGGGCACAGAAAAAGGAAACUGUGGCCCAGACUCAAGUGGUCAGGGAUGGGUGCAGUGCAACAAGCAAGACGUUCUGUGUGGUUUGCUGCUGUGCACCAAUCUGACAGCUAAGCCGAGGUUUGGCGAGCUGCAGGGGAAGCUCACCAGUCUGACCAUCCACCAUCAGAACAGAUACCUGGACUGCAGGGGAGGCCAUGCAGUGCUGGAUGACGGUUUGGACCUGGGCUAUGUGGAGGACGGGACGCCAUGUGGGCCAAACAUGAUGUGUUUGGAGCGCCGCUGCCUCCCUGUCACCACCUUCAACCUCAGCACCUGCCCGGGCUCCUCAUCCUCACGAAUCUGCUCCCACCACGGGACGUGCAGUAACGAGGUGAAGUGUAUCUGUGAUCCAGACUACACUGGGAAGGACUGUAGCGUGUUUGACCCGAUCCCCAUCCCCACCCCGCCAGAGGGCCCAGAAAAAUACAGAGAAACAUCCGAAGAGGAAGAUCUGCAGGAGUUUGAGUCGUAUCUUUCUGCUGUCCUGUUUUCCUUACACUGUGUCCAGUCUGCUCUGAGGAGACAAAACAAAGAUGUCUUCCACUUACGAGCCAUCAGACCUUUUAUUUUCCCCUUACUCACUUUACUGAUACUGCCUCCGUUGGUAUUUUCUCCCUCUGGAAAACUCUUAAUUAUUUUUUCGACUGUGGUACAGAAACCCUGAGGGCCGAGAUCCGAACGGCUGUCAGGGGUCGUCUGGUGACAAAUCGUCACUGGAGUCGCUGUUGUCAGUAUCGGCUCCUGUUCCGUGCUCCUUCCAGUUUUCACUCGCUACAUUUUCACAUUGCUCGAUUUGAUCUGGAUGUUUUCGUCCUGGACACAGACACACGUACGCACAUACACACAGAGCCCUCAACUAAAGUGUGUUUACUCAGCUUUUCGGUUUUCUUUUUCCCUUCCACUGGUCACAGCUGGUCUUCUGCAUUAUCGAAUGUUGUUAUGCUUUACCCCUUUAAGGGAUUUCAAAGAAGAAGGUUCUGUACCUCUUAUGGUCUGGACUUUCUAAGGAAGCCUUCUGUUGAUACAGUUAACAUAUUUAACCUCAGUGAGAAAAACAACCUCCUCCCAGUUUUGUGACUUUAACUGCAAUAGAAGUGUAUAAAUAUCAUUAAGAAUAGUGAAUGUUGACAUUUUAUCUGUGUAGAUGAGGGUUAUUUUUGUGUACUAGGACUUUACAUUCCACAGUAUUAGCCAUAUUUUCUCCUCUUAUGCUGUCUUUCAUUAUCAAGCAGUAGUCCAUCCUGAAUCAAUGCUUCGACAUGAUAUGCAUUAAUGCAUGAAUGUAUAGUUCAAGCCUGCAAGGAAACUUGUUGUAUCACUGUGCUGAUGACAUCUGAAUACUUUGUACUUUACUGCAGCCAAGCUGAAUAGACAGUUGCACACGUACACAUCGAAUGUUUUGUGCUGCUGUAUGAUAUGUAAUCCAUAUACAACCAAUAAGCAUACAAGUAUGCUGAACACGGGUGCUGAUGUACAUAGUGUAUUAUAAGGUUGACUCAUUUAGAAAGCAGUGACCCACUGCCGUUCUGAAUGGAAGCACAAGAAAACUCUUCCUGCCUCUCAGCCUAAAACUGCUCUUUUGGAAGAUUUAAUUAGCACAAAAGAUUCAAAUCUUUGCAGUUUGUAAAUUCUAGGGAAGUUGGAGCUCCUCUAGAUUACCGAAAUUGUUGCGGGCUACACGCCAGAUUAUUUGGAGCACAGAGAAGAUGUGUGUGUGUGUGUGUGUGUGUGUCUCGUAUAUUUCAUAUAUACGCAUGAAGGGGAUUUGCAAGUUUCAAGCUGCAAAGUUAUGAUGUAGAUGCCAUAUUUAACACAGGAUCUCCCUCAAUAUGAUUAUCGUUAAUACAUAAAGUUUUAAAAAUAAAAAUUUGGCUUCUACUGUAUGUACUCACUUACAUGUCUGCAUAAAUUGCAGAAAAUUUGAUUUUAAGGCCGUAUAGCCAAAUGUGCUUUAUCUCUGAAUGGCACAGUUUGGAAGAUUUAAUCCUGACUGAACAGAUCCAUAUAAUAAGCAAUAAAUAUCUAAAAGAAUUAACAUUUCCAGAGUGUUUUCAGUGUGAAACAACAAAUAUCAGAAAUGGUCUCCCUUUAAAAAACAAAUCCAAUCCCGCAGCUUUUAUGUGUAGCACUCUCUCCAUUUAUCCUCUCUGGACCUCAGAGAGUCUAAUAUCAGGUUCAGAGGAUUUAACACUCCUGUGGUUAUUAUAUACAAAGACUGCUGGAGAAGCUUUGUUUCAACAAUAACAAUGAAGAACUGUGCAAUAGCACAGGUGCCAGAAGAGAUGAUCCAAGUUACACUGCCAGUCAACCUACAGUAGCAUUAAAGGGAUAUGUUGACAUUUUCAGUUGAAGCCCAUCACACAGAGGUCAUUAGUGAAAGCCUCUGAAAUCAAGUUUAUUAAACAAAACAAACAAAACUUGAUCAAUUUCUCAUUGAAGAAGAUAAGUGAUGAUUUGACAACAUUAACUAAAUUCGAAAUAUCAGUGUAUCCCUUUAAUCAUACUUAAUCAUACCUAUUCUUCAUUCCCUAAACACUGAAUAAAAAGCUAAAAAUACUCAAGGACAGACUUGGCUGAAAACUCAGGUCAGGCUGUGUUUACCGCCACUGUUUGUGAUCACACAUUGUAGUUGGACUCAUCAUAGGAUUUUGGUACCAUUCACGUACAGUAUGGAAGUCAACAUUGUCUAGUCCAAUAGGAAGGUAACCAGUAUUAGCUUUCAAUGUAAAUACUCAUAUUACUGUAUAUUAAAAUACAUAUUAAA